AUGAACAACGAUGAAUAUGAUAAUAACGGGGAUUGGAGCUUUGCAAGUGAAAAAAAUUUUGACCCUUCGCAACAACAAUUUUGGCAUCAGCAAUUUCUAAAAGUCGAUCUUAGUAAGCUUGAAAUCAUCGAAAGUGGAAAGCUCUUACUCGUCGCCGUUUAUCCAAAACUUUCGUUGGUUUUACGUUUCAUCACUAAUGAAUUAUGCAUCAGUUUGAAUAAUGCAACUGAGGAGAUAGUUAUUCCGUUGAACCAAGUUACAAAAUUUAAGGUAUCGCCAAAUAAGGAUAUUACGGUGGAAUUUAAAAAGAAUUUCGAUAGAUAUUAUUUCAGAUAUCAGCAGGGUCCAUUGAAUCAGCGAGAACAGAUCUCAUUUGAUCCAUCUAAUGGAAAACUUGAUGGCGCACAAACACUAAUAUUUAUGCCAGCUAACUGGGUAGACAAAAAUACAAUAAUUUUUUUCGGGGAAGGAAUAAGGAGAUUGAGGUUUGAUCAGCACAAAGUGAAUAGUUUAGAGAAAAGAGAGUCAGGAAUAGGUAGCAAUAUUCUUGGGAAAGAAUAUGGUAAAGAUGACGGAAAAGAGCUUUACAUAACUUGUUCUUUUUUGACGAAAACAUUUGCGUUGCAAGUUCGGGAUAGCAUCACAUUUCAAGAAAUUCUUAGCGAUGUUCAGAUGCGUUAUAAAAUUGAAGUAAAUCCUCAUCGCAUCACCUACAAAAAUCAAGUAAAUGAUAUUAUAACUUUAAUUGAUGAAGAAGAUUGGCAAGCUGCUAAAUGGGAGGCAAAAAGAGCCAAAUCAUAUACGAUCUGUAUGUACUUCUCGUAG